GCCCAGGCAGAUGACGCCGGGUAAAGCCGGCUGAGAGCCUGCCCAGCCCCGCCGCAGGCCGAGCGGGCUUGGCCGCGCACCCUCCGCGGCCGCGCAGUCGGGGUCGGGCCGGUGCUCCGGCAGCAGGGCGAGGAUGGACGUGGCCGUGGACUUGUACCUGGCCGUCCCGCUGCUCUUCACCGUCCUGGCCAUCGUCCUCGCCUCCGUCUUCGUCAGGCUGCGGGGAGGCGAGGGGGAGCGGGCGGCGGAGCCGGCAGCGGCUGAGCCGGCCCGGGAGGGCGGCCCCGGCGGCGAAGCGGCGGCGGCGCCGGAGGAAGCGGGACCGGAGGCGGCCGAGGGGCCGGAGGACGAGGGGGCCCGGGUGCCGGUGGAGGAGGUCGGGGCGGGCGAGGAGGGGAAGGAGGCGGCUGGCGAGCAGCGGGAGGCGGUGGCCGAGCCGGGCCCGGCGGGCGAGCCCAGCCCCGCGGCGGCCGAGAGCAUCCCCCGGCCGCCCCCCGCCGAGAGCAUCCCCCGGCCGCCCCCCGCCGAGCCCCAGGAGCCCGGGAACCGUGAGGACGCCGAGAACAAGAUACCACCUUUGGGUGCCUCACCCGGGUCCAGCCUCGGGCACACGGGACAAGCGGAGGGCGGAUGCGGCCAUGCAGCACUUUCCAGCAAGGCAGAGGAGGAAGAUCCGGACUCAGAAAACGAGAAGCUGGUGGUGAGAGAGCCGGAGGAUGAGGAUGCUGCAGAUGAGACGUUCUCUUUUAAAUACAGUCCUGGAAAGCUGAGGGGAAACCAGUACAAGUCCAUGAUGACCAAAGAAGAACUCGAGGAAGAACAAAGCAGCUUUUCAUUUCAGGCCUCGCAGGCGGUGUCGGGGGGCAGGGUUGCUGCCAGGAUUGAGCUGACCUCUGAUCUCACAUCUCUGUAGCGAGUACCUUAGGUCCUCGGCCACAAACAUUCUUGCAAAUCUUUUUGAACUGAAGACUAUAUGAAGUUGUCCCUAGCCUCCUCCUAAAGGCAUCCCUUGGCAUCUUUAAAGGCUUGAGAGAAAUACCAAAACCAACCAAACACACCCAUAAGAGAAAUCCAUAAACCCUCAAAACUUGGGAUCCCCUCUUGGUCUGAAGUUGAGUUCUUCAAAAACUCCUGUGGUGUCAAGUUUGAGGAGAUCCUGUUGUGUGGCUCCAUGGAGUGGGGCAGGGCGCAAGCAGUGACUUCAGUUGUGUUUGGGGGCCUGGGAUGAACCAUCCUCCCUCUCCCCCAAACAGAACCCAAACUGGACACUAAAUAUGCAGCAAGUCUAUUAGUUGUGUUCAUUACCAUGUAUUAGGCCUGCCAUGAAAUCUGUGCUGUUCCUUUAUUGGGGUGGGCAAACCAUAGCUCUUCUCCCAGACCAACCUGGACCUUGUACCAGACUAUCAAGUUGUUUCUUCCUGGGGCCAAACUCCUCUUCAUUGCUGGGGGGUGGGAACUGCCUAUGACUCCAAAUCUUGUACAACGCUGCUUUAUUCUGAGGGGUGGAGGGACAAAGUGGGGUCCAGGUGAGGGAUGGCAGACGGUAGCUGGACUGACUCAAAUCUCGCUUCUGUAGUUAUUUUAGCAGAGAGCUGCUUCUGUAGGUAGACAGAAGACUCGAGAAGUGACAAAGGUUGAUAGUUUAGCUGUUCUGCUUGUGGUGGAGGUUUAGGAGACCACACUUUGGCUGCUGUUAAUAUCUGGAUUCUCACUUUUCCCUACUCCAGUUCCCAAGAGGAGAGACCCAAGGAGGUAGCUAUGGCAUGAGGGGUUCCCUCUGGCUCAGGAUGAGAUAGUGGGGGUCCUGGAAGAGACACCCUCCCCAUUCCUCUGCCGGCUUGCUGUUCCAGUGCUCUCUUUUGCUAGCCCUGCGGCUUGUCCGCUGGAGCCAGAGCUCAGCAUUGCUCCUCAGCUGUCCCAUACGGAAGAUGAAUUCGGCUGGGCGGGUAUAUCUGCUUCAGACACAGCAGGUUUCAAAUCAAACCCAGCUGGUUUGUGAGAGUGAGACGAGGGUCCGAGUCCUCUAGCGAUGUUGUAGAAACACCAGGCUGGGUGGGGACGUGUCCUUCAAAGUUUCACUGCCGGACAACUGCCUCUUGGCUAACGCUGCAAACAUAUCAGAAACCCAACGGGCGGGUUUUGUGGUUGUUUUUGGGUUUUUUUUUUCCUUUUUAGUUCCUAUGCAGACAAUACUUGAAACCUUGUACACAGUUGUCCUUUCCAGCGCCUGGGGUUGGCAAAUUCUUAAUAAAAGGGCUCAUUUAUAGAACAGCAGGAGGCUUCAGCUUUAGAAGAGGCUGGGCUGCCCCUUCCCAGCUGACAACUGCAAGCGUGUUCAGGGGUUUGCAUAUGAAUUUAGGCACAUCUGGACCCUCUGCUUCAACAUCCUGCUGGUACAGCCGCUGUCUCCCCUCGGUGCUGGCUGGCUGACUCUGUGUCCCGAGCACCCAACUAUGCAAAGAAUGCCUUAUAUACAUUGUGUUUAAGUUACACGGCAAUAUGUACGUUGAGCAAAGUCUAUAGUUGAGUCCAGAUUUUUUUGCUUGUGGCAGCAAGUCAAGCUAUUUCUUCAACUCAAAUGGCUGUCUGAGUAUUUUUUUACUUUUGUUUGUUUGUUUUAUAUCUGAUGGUGGCUCUUACACAAAGGACUGUAAUUCUAGUGGCUUGAAUCUGUAAAAAUUGCCUUUGUUUGGUCCAAUAAACCUUUGAAUAGUUUA